GCCCGCCUAGCAUGCUGCGGCGGCCGCGCGCGCCGACAUGGGCGAGAAGCUGGAGCUGAGGCUCAAGUCGCCCGUGGGCGCCGAGCCCGCCGUCUACCCGUGGCCGCUGCCGGUCUACGACAAACAUCAUGAUGCUGCUCAUGAGAUCAUCGAGACCAUUCGGUGGGUCUGCGAGGAGAUCCCGGAUCUUAAGCUGGCCAUGGAGAAUUAUGUCCUGAUUGACUAUGAUACCAAAAGCUUUGAGAGCAUGCAGAGGCUGUGUGACAAGUACAACCGGGCCAUUGACAGCAUCCACCAACUGUGGAAGGGCACCACACAGCCCAUGAAGCUGAACACACGACCGUCCAAUGGGCUCUUGAGGCACAUCCUGCAGCAGGUGUACAACCAUUCGGUGACAGACCCGGAGAAGCUCAACAACUAUGAGCCCUUCUCUCCCGAGGUGUACGGGGAGACCUCCUUCGACCUCGUGGCCCAGAUGAUUGAUGAAAUCAAGAUGACUGAAGACGACUUGUUUGUGGACCUAGGCAGUGGUGUGGGACAGGUAGUCCUGCAGGUUGCUGCGGCCACCAACUGCAAACAUCACUAUGGAGUGGAGAAAGCGGAUAUCCCGGCCAAGUACGCAGAGACCAUGGACCGAGAGUUCAGGAAGUGGAUGAAAUGGUAUGGAAAAAAGCAUGCAGAAUACACACUGGAACGAGGUGACUUCCUCUCAGAGGAGUGGAGAGAACGGAUUGCCAACACGAGUGUUAUAUUUGUGAAUAAUUUUGCCUUUGGUCCUGAGGUGGAUCACCAGCUGAAGGAGCGAUUUGCAAACAUGAAGGAAGGCGGCCGAAUUGUGUCUUCAAAACCCUUUGCACCUCUGAACUUCAGAAUCAACAGUAGAAACUUGAGUGACAUAGGCACCAUCAUGCGUGUUGUGGAGCUAUCGCCCCUGAAGGGCUCUGUGUCGUGGACGGGGAAGCCAGUCUCUUACUACCUACACACCAUCGACCGCACCAUACUUGAAAACUACUUUUCUAGUUUGAAAAAUCCCAAACUCAGGGAGGAGCAAGAGGCAGCCAGGCGCCGGCAGCAGCGAGAGAACAAGAGUAAUGCCACCACCCCCACCAAGGUUCCUGAGAACAAAGUGGCAGCUGCUGAGGCCCCCAUGGAUUCUGGUGCUGAGGAAGAAAAAGCUGGUGUGACUGCCAUGAAGAAGCCAUCUCCAUCAAAAGCACGGAAAAAGAAGCUAAACAAAAAAGGGAGGAAAAUGGCUGGUCGUAAGCGUGGGCGUCCCAAGAAGAUGAGUGCUGCGAACCCCGAGCGUAAGGCCAAGAAGGGCCAGACUACACUGGAACUGCUGCACACCCCAACUGCUGCCCCGACCGAGGCCUCCUCGCCCCAGGAUUCCUAUAGGGCACCUCACAGCCCAUUCUACCAGCUACCUCCGAGCUCGCAGCUGCAUUCCCCCAACUCACUGCUGGUGGCACCCACCCCGCCUGCACUGCAGAAGCUGCUAGAGUCCUUCAAGAUUCAGUACCUGCAGUUUCUGGCAUACACAAAGACCCCACAGUAUAAGGCAAACCUGCAGCAGCUGCUGGACCAGGAAAAGGAGAGGAAUACGCAGUUACUGGGCACAGCACAGCAGCUCUUUGGUCACUGCCAGGCUCAGAAGGAGGAGAUCCGGAGGCUGUUUCAGCAGAAGCUGGACGAGCUGGGUGUGAAGGCACUGACCUACAACGACCUGAUCCAGGCCCAGAAGGAGAUUUCUGCUCACAACCAGCAGCUGCGCGAGCAGUCGGAGCAGCUGGAGAGGGACAACCGCGAGCUUCGGAGCCAGAGCCUGCAGCUGCUCAGGGCCCGGUGUGAGGAGCUGAAGCUGGACUGGUCUACACUGUCCCUGGAGAACCUACGGAAAGAGAAACAGGCCCUGCGGAGCCAAAUCUCCGAGAAACAGCGGCACUGCCUGGAGCUUCAGAUUAGUAUUGUGGAGCUGGAGAAGAGCCAGCGGCAGCAGGAGCUCCUGCAGCUCAAGUCCUGUGUGCCGCCUGAUGAUGCCCUGUCCUUGCACCUGCGUGGCAAGAACACUCUGAGCCGUGAGCCAGAGGCUGAUGUGGGCCGCCUGCACCUGGAGCUGGACUGCGCCAAGCUGUCUCUGCCGCAUCUCAGCAGCAUGAGCCCUGAGCUCUCCAUGAAUGGUCAUGCUGCUGGCUCUGAGCUCUGCAGCGGUCCCAGCCGGCCCUCGUCCAAGCAGAACACGCCCCAGUACCUAGCCUCCCCCUUGGACCAGGAAGUAGUUCCCUGCACCCCUAACCACAGUAGCCGACCACGGCUGGAAAAGCUAUCUGGCCUGGCCUUGCCAGACUAUACCCGGCUGUCGCCUGCCAAAAUUGUGCUGAGGCGCCAUCUGAGUCAGGACCAUGCUACAGCCACCAAGGCUGCUGCCAGCGAGCCACCACACCCUCGAGCAGAGCACAGCAAGGAGAACAGCCUUCCGUACCACAGCCCUGGUCUGGCCAGCAGCAUGAAGUUGAGUCCACAGGAUCCUCGGCCUGCCUCCCCUGGGGCCUUGCCUCUAGCCACAGAGAAGAGCAGCGAGAAGGUGGUGAAGGAGCGUACCUACAGCAGUCACGGGGAGACCAUCACCAGCCUGCCCGUCAGCAUCCCACUCAGCACCGUGCAGCCCAACAAGCUGCCCGUCAGCAUCCCUCUAGCCAGCGUGGUGCUACCCAGCCGUGCCGAGCGGGCGAGAAGCACUCCCAGCCCUGGGCCGCAGACCCGAGACUCCUCGUCCACGCUUGAAAAGCAGACUGGUGCAGUUGCCCACGGUGUAGGGGGCACAGUGGGGAGCAGGAGCCUCGCCCCAGUGCCCACAGGUUUUUCCUACGCUGGCUCUGUGGCCAUCAGUGGGGCUCUGGCCAGCAGCCCAGCACCUCUGACCUCUGGAGCCGAGUUGACUUCACUUGAUGAGUCCCCCAGCACUGGAAGCCUCUUUGCCACUGUGGGACCGCGCAGCACCACUCCUCAGCACCCACCUCUGCUGCCUCAGACCCGUAAUUCUGGCCCUGCCUCUCCCACUCACCAGCUCUCUGCUAGUCCCCGCCUGGGUGGAGUCACCCAGGGCCCACUGCCUGACGCCAACAAAGGGGAGCUGCCCUCUGAUUUAGCCUUUUCAGACCCAGAGGGCGAAGCUAAGAGGAGAAUCGUCUUCACCAUUGCAGCUGGUGCUGGCAGCACCAAGCAGUCUCCUUCCACCAAGCACAGUCCCCUGACCACUGGCACCCGUGGAGACAGUGGGCAGAGCCAUGGACAGGACAGCCGCAAGCGUAGCAGGAGGAAGCGUUCAUCAGCCACAACUCCUAACGUGAAUGCAGGAGUAUCCCCCAAGCGCCGGGCCCUGCCAACAGUUGCCGGCCUUUUCACACAGUCCUCUGGAUCCCCCCUCAAUCUUAACUCCAUGGUGAGCAACAUCAACCAACCCCUGGAGAUCACAGCCAUCUCAUCCCCCGAGAGCUCCCUGAAGAGCUCGCCCCUCCCUUACCAGGACCAUGACCAGCCUCCUGUGCUCAGGAAAGAACGGCCCCUGAGCCAGGCCAAUGGGGCACACUACUCUCCCCUUACCUCAGAUGAGGAACCAGGCUCCGAGGACGAGCCCAGCAGUGCCCGAAUUGAGAGGAGGAUUGCCACAAUCUCCUUGGAAAGCAAGUCUCCUCCCAAAGCCUUGGAAAAUGGUGGUGGAUUGGUGGGGAGGAAGCCGAUGUCCACAAGUGAGCCUGUGAACAGCAGCAAGUGGAAAUCCACCUUCUCACCUAUCUCUGACCUUGGCCUGGCUAAAUCUGUGGACAGCCCACUGCAGGCUGGCUCUGCCUUGAGCCAAAAUUCCCUGUUCUCCUUCCGGCCAGCCCUGGAGGAGCCCACCACUGAGGCCAAGCUUACUGCUCACCCAAGAAAAGGCUUUGCUGGCUCCCUGUCUACUGAGGGACCUAGCCCGGGUGCCAAUCCUCCCAAUGGCCUGGCCUUCAGUGGGGGCCCAUCCACAGACCUCAGUUUACAUAGCUUCAACGAUGGUGCUUCCCUUCCCCACAAGGGCCCCGAAGUGGCUGGCCUGAGCAACCCACUUAACUUCCCCUCGCAGCGUGGCAAGGAGGCCUCAGAGGCCAAUCCCUUCCUCAGCAAGCGGCAGCUGGAAGGCCUGGGCAGCCUGAAGGGCGAGGGUGGCACAGGCAAGGAGCCAGGCGAGCUUGGCCCUCCCUUAUGUGGGCCCACGGACAAAGCCACGCUGCAGCACAGCAGGGCUGGCAAGGGCGGCCACAACCUCUUCAUCUCUGCUACAGCUGUCCCUCCUGGUGGCCUCCUGGGUGGCCCCGGCCUUGCCACUGCAGCAUCCUCCACAGGCAGCACGACACCUGCCACACAGGCGCACCGGCCAUUCCUGGGAACCUUCACACCUGCGCCCCAGUUCACCCUGGGCCCCAUGUCCCUGCAGGCCAACCUUGGCUCCGUGGCUGGUUCUUCUGUGCUGCAGUCCUUGUUCAGCUCCGUGCCAGCUGCUGCGGGCCUGGUGCAUGUGUCAUCCACUGCAACCCGACUGACCAACUCACACACUAUGGGCAGCUUCUCCUCUGGGGUGGCCGGCGGAACUGUUGGAGGUGUGUUUAACCACGCGGUGCCCUCCGCCUCUGCUCACGCGUUUGGAGCUGGUGUCGGCGGCGGGGCUGUGUGUAGCAGCGCUACGCUGGGCCUGAGCUCGCUGCAGGCGGCAGCUAGCAGCACCCCUGCCUCUUCCUUGCAGGCCGCGGCCUCAGCUGAGACUCGGCCGCCCCCUCCACCUCCCCUGCUUCCUCCUCAGCACCUGGGCCGGCACCCUGUGGGGCCACCCAUCCUCCACGCACCUCCACCUAACGUCACCUUGCCUCCUCCACCUGCGCUGCUGGCCUCUAACUCCGAGCCUGUGCUUCUACAGAGCCUUGCCUCCCUCCCGCCUAACAAAGCUUUCUUACCCCCCUCCUCUGCCGCCUCUCUGCAGCCUGCUAACGCCUCUCUGUCUGUCAAGCUCGCCUCCCUUCCACACAAGGUCUCCCGUCCCUCCUUCACGGUGCACCACCAGCCCCUGCCCCGGCUGGCCCUGGCACAAGCUGCGCCCGCCGCCCCACAGGCCAGCUCCACAGGGCCGUCUGCUGUGUGGGUUUCCCUUGGCAUGCCGCCUCCUUAUGCCGCGCACCUUUCGGGGGUUAAGCCUCGCUAAAGACCUUGCUUAGCUAGCAGUUCCUAUGCUGUAAGGUAAUUAGGACUUCUACCUCAACCGCGACCUAUGCAAGGACGGUGUGGACCAACGCCCGCUACCAGUGCCCGCAGCCUGAUGGGCUCCUGCUCGUGGCAGAAGGGAGAUGCCGGGAGCCCCACUGUGAAUCAGCGGCACCACAGGAGGUGCUGGGCUGGUCCAGUUCGUACUGUCGAUAGUUUAGAUAAAGUAUUUAUCUUUUUUUAAAAAAAAGUAUAAGCAAUUCUGACUUACUUUAUUCCAUCAAAGUCGUCCAAGGCAACCUCUUGAGACGUCUGUGUCUGAGAGAAUCUAUAAAGACUUAGCCCACGCAUGGGCUGGCCGCCACGAGGACGCCACCUUCAUCCCGGUGCUAUCUCGCCUCCAGGCCUGCGCCUGCCUCCACCUGCGCUUCGGUGCUGUCCCGGAUGUUGACCAACGCCAAAAGAUUCUCAGAAGUGCCCGCCGCUUGCUCCUGUACCAAAGGUGCGCCCGACUCGGGGCUCCGGCCGUCACUGUGAACGGCCAGUAGUUGGCCCUGCGGCUCUGCCCUGCCUUGGCAUGGGAGUGCGGCGGGCACAGGCUGGGCUGGCAGGACGGACCCCGGUCUGGCUCUGAGUGGUGCUGACAGGCUUGGUCUGUGACUCCAGGGUUCAGUUGGCUCGUGUGACAAGUGCAUUUACUCUUGUAUCCCUUUGCUAGCCAGGUGACGUGGGGCUGGCCACUGCGGGUCCCCUGGCAUCUGUGUAUAAGAGAGUCACACUAAGGAGUGACAGUAUUUUAUAGAGAUGUGAGGAAAGUUUAUAAAUUUCAUAGACUUGACCGCAUUUAUUUUUAGAUUGUAUAAUGCACAGUGAACUUUAAAAAAAAAAAAAAAGAAAAGUGAGGAGGAAAAAUCCUUUUAUUUAUUCAAAUGCACAAAAAUGACUCAGGCCCCAGGGACCCUGCAGAAGCACAGCCCAGACCUGCAUCACUACAUCCACGCAGGUUCCCAAAGCUGCUGGGGACCACUGCUCUGGGUGUGGCAGCAGAGGAGCCAGGGCUGGGGCAGGGCCCUUUGGGCUUGCUGAGCCUGACUUAGGUUGGGGAUGUGGCUGGGCUGGAAAGUAGGACUUGUUGGACCCUGCCCCACCCCAGCCACUAGUCCUGAAGAUGGUGCUGGUGACCCUCCCCUUCCCUCCUUGUUGGUGCUCUUGGCUGGGCCUUGUAAGUGCCCUGCCUCAUUCCUGUGGACCCCUGGGGCUGGGGGCCACUGCGCAUUACACAGCCCCCUAGGGCACCACAGGGAUGUAGGGCAUGCACAGUAGACGCUGGCCUGGAACAAACACUCCUAAGCAAACACUGUAUGCCACCUGCCUCCCCAGGCAGCCGCUGCUCAGGCAGCACAGGACAGGCCUUGGUAAUGUGUGGACGCCUGCCUGCUCUGCCACCACAUCCACCGUACUUGAGUGUUAGGAGAUGAGACACUAGUGGCUCUGUUCCCUGCACUCCCAGAUCCCCACACUGAACAGACUGCAGGCUGCACUGCUGUAGCCAGGUUCUAGCUCAGGAAUGACAGGAAGCUCUGCGGACUCGGACCCGCUCCCCAAACUCUCCCUCAUCCUUCAUGCUCAUCCACACAAGGGAACUAUUUAAGCUUCACCUGACACCCAAUAUCCAGCCAUAGGAAUAUCCACCAGUUCCCAACCUCACCUAGCGCAGCUUCCCACCCAGCCCCACCUUCAUCUGAAACCCUGUGCCACCUUACUUGUCUCCCAUCUCCCAAUGGUCUGUUCUUAAUGGAUGCACUGUUCUGUUUCAUCCCUUGCCCUGUCCUGCCCCUUCCAUAGCAACCCGCUGCAUUGUUGCACCUCCAGGCACUAUAAUAAAAGCUGUUUUCACUUGGA